AUGGUGAACAUUUUGUUCAGAGUUCCCUGUGGGAAGAAGGAGAGCAAGGAGAUGCAUCCCCCUCACAUCCAGCCCAAGGACCAUCUCCAACCCCAUAGUCACACACUGCAGAAGCAGGAAGGUAUCCAGAGCACUGGGAACAAGACUAAGGAGACAGGAGAAGACAAAGCUACUGACAAAGGCCCUUUCCUCAGCAAAAUACAACUGCAAAAAAUGCAAAAGUCCCAGCUUCAGCAGGACUGCUUGCAAAUGCAGCAGAAAGCAGGCACUCGUUUCCUGAGAAGACUUAGGCAAAGCGUAGGAAAGCUGGAUUCCUCUUUUAGUCUGAGCACUACCAAAGCUGUGGUGCAAGGCUGGGAACUGUCUCCUCCAACAGCAAAGAGCUUCCAAAUACACGACAGAAGCUUUUCAAAGAUCCCUAUUUUUUCCUUAUUCUUGGCAGCUGCCCACUCCUCAGCACACCCCCGCCUUCCCAGGUGUCUCUGCCAGAAACAGGCACUCCGGGCCAUCAGCAGCCACAGUGUGGCUGUCCAGGGGCAACGUCAGCUGCCAAACAUACUCCUGCCUCGGUGGAGCAUAAAAGAAAUCAAGAUGAAGACACACAUGGCCAGUCUGCCCUAGGAGGGCACUUUCUGGCAUUUUAUGAACAUGAAGAUAGGGAAGACACUGGCCAGCUGGAUGGAGCGUCGUAGCCUCUUUGGAGAUGUCAGUGUGCACAAGUGCUACCAGUUUGGGACAAUCUUCUCUCCUUUCCCACUAUCACCACCAUGGUACUUCCAACCCUCUUCUCUACCUCACUGCCUUUAUUAUCUAUUCCUAGGACAUGCAAAGGCUCUGGUACUUCCCCAAGACCUACCCAUGAGUUCUCACAUGCAGAGAAUGAGUGCUUCAUGCCUCACUAACAUGAAUCUCCAAGAUUUACCUUUGUCUUCCACAGAGCUGGACUUGGAAAAGAGUGAGAAAAGUAUGCGAAAGAGAAAUUAG